AUGCAGUUGCUUGUGCUUGUUCUGUGGCUGGUAGUUUUUAGAUUUAGUGAUGUUGGUCUCUCAGCACCCCAGCACUGGAAUUGUCCUGACUCUGCGCUGGACGAUGGGACUCCUGCUUGUGUGGGUCCUGCUCCCUUCUUGAUUUUCUCCCAUGGAAAUAGUAUCUUCAGGAUUGACCUGGAAGGGACUCACUAUGAAAAGCUGGUGGCUGACGCGGGUCUAUCAGUGAUCAUGGAUUUCCAUUACAAUGAAGAAAGAAUCUAUUGGGUAGAUUUAGAAAGACAACUUUUGCAAAGAGUUUUUCUGAAUGGGACGAGGCAAGAGAGAGUAUGUGAUAUAGAGAAACAUGUUGCAGGAAUGGCAAUCAACUGGAUAAAUGAAGAACUUAUCUGGUUAAGUAAACAGGAAGGAGUCAUCACAGCAACAGAUAUGAAUGGAAACAACUCCCGGGUUCUCAUAAGCGCCUCAAAACAUCCCGCACACAUUACAGUUGAUCCAGUACAAAGGUUUAUAUUUUGGUCUUCCUUGGCACCUGGCAGCCUCCACAGAGCAGAUCUCAAUGGUAUGGGAGGGAAGACUCUGUUGGAGACAUCAGAGAAAAUAGCCGCUCUGUCUCUGGAUGUGCGCAGCAAAAGACUCUUCUGGACCCAGGACCGUGUUUCCGGAAGUGCUUCCCGGAUUUGCUCCUGUGAUUACGACGGAGGUUCUGUCCUUGUCCACAAACAUCUUACUCGGCACCCUUUAUUUUCAAUGUCCAUCUUUGGGGACCGUAUCUUCUACUCAACAUGGAAACAGAACACAAUCUGGAUAGCUAACAAGCACACGGGGAAGGACAUGGUCAGGAUGCACCUCCCUCCAUCACCUGUACCACCUGAUGGAAUUAAAGUCAUGCACCCACUUCCCCAGCCCAAAGCAGAGGGCAGCGCCUGGGUGUCUGAUCAAAACCUCUGCAAAUUGAAGAGAGGUAACUGCAGCGAUCCAGAGUGCUGGCAAGACCCCGAGACCCCUCGGUGUUCCUGUGCUGAGGGCUAUGCUUUGAGCCUGGACGGGAAGUCCUGCGAAGAUGUCAACGAGUGCGCUUCGCGGAAGCAUGGCUGUGCUCUCGGCUGUGAGAACACCCCCGGGUCCUACUACUGCACCUGUCCUGUGGGCUUCGUUCUGCUUCCUGAUGGGAAACAAUGUCACCAGUUAGUUUCCUGCCCAAGCAAUGCAUCUGGAUGCAGUCACAACUGUCUCCUGACACCACAAGGCCCUGCAUGUUUCUGUCCUGAAGGCUCAGUGCUUGAGGCAGAUGGGAAAACAUGCACUGGGUGCUCCUCCCCUGAUAACGGUGGAUGUAGCCAGCUCUGCCUGCCUCUCAGUCCGCUAUCUUGGGAAUGUGGUUGCUUUCCUGGGUAUAACCUGCAACUGGACAAAAAGAGCUGUGCAGCUUCAGGACCACAACCAUUUCUGCUGUUUGCCAAUUCUGCAAAUAUCCAACACAUGUGUUUUGAUGGAACAGAUUAUGGGACCCUGCUGAGCCAGCAGAUGGGGAUGGUGCUAGCCCUCGAUCACGACCCCGUGGAAAAUAAGAUCUACUUCGCCCAUGCGGCCCUGAGGUGGGUAGAGAGAGCUAACCUGGAUGGCUCACAGCGGGAGCGGCUCAUCAAUGAAACAGUAGGUGCGCCCCAAGCCCUUGCUGUGGACUGGCUCAACCGCAGAUUGUACUGGACAGACAGAGGGAAAUCUCUCAUUGAAGGGAGUGAUUUAAAUGGAAGACAUCGUCAAGUCGUCAUUCAGGAGGACACCUCCCAGCCUCAAGGAAUUGCUGUUCAUCCCAUGGCCAAGAGAUUGUUCUGGACUGAUGUUGGGAUUCGCCCACGAAUUGAAAGUUCUUCUCUUGAAGGCUCUGGCCGAAGGGUCAUCGCCAGCUCUGGUCUGGCCUGGCCCAGUGGACUGGCCAUCGACUACCUGACCGACCGGUUAUAUUGGUGUGAUGCUGAGCAGGCUGUAAUAGAAAUGGCACAUCUGGAUGGUUCUAGACGCCAACGACUUCCCCAGGAUGAUGUCGGUUACCCUUUUGCUGUGGCUGUGUUCGGGGACCACCUAUGGUUCUCUGAUUGGAGCCAGCCUUCGGUGAUCAGAGUGAACAAGAGGACUGGGACGGACAGGCUACGUCUCCGAGGCAGCAUGCUGAAGCCCUCGUCUCUGGCUGUCAUUCACCCGCUGGCGAAACCAGGAGCGGAUCCCUGCAUACAUCAGAACGGAGGCUGCGAACACAUUUGUGAACAGAGGUUUGGGCUUGCUCGAUGUUUGUGUCGGGAAGGUUUUGUCAAAGCCCCAGAUGGAAAGGCGUGCGUGGCCUUGAGUGGACACCAGAAGCCGACAGGUAGUGAAGCAGACGUCAGUAGCCCCAUGACACCAUCGGGCAUCUUAUCCCAGGCUGGAGAGCUGGGAGAUAAUGACACAGAAUCUCAGCGUGAGCUGGUGGCUGAAAUCAUGGUAUCAGAUGAUGAUGACUGUGGCCCUCGGGGGUGUGGCCCCUACGCUCAGUGUGUCUUCGAGGGAGAGAAUGCCACGUGCCAGUGCUGGAAAGGGUUCGCUGGGGAUGGACACGUAUGUUCUGACAUAGACGAGUGCAGGGUCCCUGUCUCGCCAUGCCCCACCACCUCCUCUGUGUGCAUCAAUACGGAAGGCAGCUACGUGUGCCGCUGCUCGGAGGGCUACCAUGGAGACGGGGUCCACUGUGUGGAUGUCGAUGAGUGUCAGUUGGGCACACACACCUGUGGGGAAAAUGCCACCUGUACCAACACAGACGGAAACUAUACCUGCUUGUGUGCUGGCAGCCUCUCUGAACCUGGUCGGAUGUGCCCUGGCUCCACCCCCGCCCCUCCCGUCGCGGAGGGGGGCAGCUAUUCGGUGAGGAGGCUCCCCCAGGACUGCCCCCCGUCCCACGAGGGAUACUGCCUCAACGGUGGCCUGUGUAUGUAUUUUGAAAUAAUCCACGAAUACGCAUGCAAGUGUCCCACGGGCUAUAUCGGGAGCAGAUGCGAGUACCUGAACAUCUGGGACAUGCGCCGUGCUGGCCACUGGCGACAGCUGGAUAUCACCUUGCUGGUCGUGUGCGUGGUGUUGCUGGUCUUGCUGCUCGUCCUGGGACUGGGGGGCGCGUACUGGUACAGGACUCACAGGCAGCUGAUGAAAACUCCGAAGAAUCCUUAUGAGGCCUGGAGCAGAGAGGUGAGCGGAAGCCGGCCUAUGGAUACUGCGACUGAGACAUCCUCCUGUUCCCAGACUGGGACCUAACACAUUCCCUUACAAGUUGCUUCCUAAGAAGGUCUGUCUAUUGACAUCUGAGGUAAGAACACUUU